AAAUUAUAUGUUAUUAUGUUCUUAACAUAUCUGUUAAUUCACUCGAAGUUGGCUUUUAUUUUGAAAUCCGGUUUCCACAUCCAUUCCCGUAAUACUUUGAAUACACAGGGAACGUAAAACAAACUGGAGGCUGGCUUGACUGCAAGUCUCGAAUUGGAGGCUGGCUUGACACAAGUGUUGUAUGGUGGUGGCUAUGGCGGAGCUUCCACAGAGGCAACAGGUGGAUGAGGGAAGGUGAGGCAGGGAUACACAGGGAACGUAAAACAAACUGGAGGCUGGCUUGACUGCAAGUCAAACAACUGAGUUAAUUUUACACAUCGGCCAGCAUCUGGCCAAUCCACCACCUCUCAUUGUUCAUGCAAAAAAUAAAUAAAUAAGUCAUCAGCCCACCGUGCAAAUGUCCGACGGCUAGUCCAGCUAUGUUAACUUGUUAACCUUUCGCCGAAAAAAUGUUUUCUGCGGUGCCGUCUUUCGUGCUUGGCUCUCCUACCUUUGCUAACAUGAUGCAGAAGCCGGUGCUGCAUUCACUUACCCUCGGAUAUCUGAGCUUCACUGUGAAACCAUAAUCGUACAUUUGAUAUUUCAUUAAAUUUUAUUGUUUUAGCUUCGGGGUGGCACCUGGGGUGGCCAGUCUGGUUGGGGGGGUGGCCUGUGCCCCCCCAGGCCACCCCGCUGGACACGCCACUUGCUGCUCCAUGCUCUGGGAUUUUACCGUGAACAGUCCCGCAUGGACAACAUCUGGCUGGACCAGGUUACGUCAGGACUUCCACAUAACUUCAACAAAUACAAUGACGACUUCAUCACUGAUCAAAACACUGCAUACGACUAUGAGUCCGUCAUGCACUACAGGCACUUCUCCUCCAACAAGAAUGAAUCCAUCCCCACUAUCACCACCAAAAUCCCAGAGUUCUACAAUUUUAUUGGCCAGUACCUUGAUUUCAGCAAGAUGGACACCCUCAGGCUCACCAGGAUGUGCAACUGCUCCGGGCCGCUCACCCUGCUGGAUCAGUGUACCUUUGAGUAUGCAAGCAUUUGUGGGAUGAUCCAGGCCUCUGAUGAUGUGAAGUGUGUCUACACUCAGAGCUCUGCAGGCACACUGGAUCACACACUCCUGGGGCAAUGCAGAGAUGCUGGAUACUUCAUGCACUUCAACACUAUGACUGGGGAGCCUCAGGAGUCUGCUAUGCUGGAACCUCGAAUCCUCUACCCCAAGAGGAAGCUUCAGUGUCUGCAGUUCUUCUACAAGAUGACAGGGGGCCCCGCGGACAGGCUGGUUGUAUGGGUCAAGACAGAUGAUGGCACAGACACUGUUUGCAGGAUGAAGAAAAUACGCACGUUUUAUGGUAUUUGUUAAAUAAGCAGAUUAGCAAGGAUGAGCAUUUCAUAGAAAAUGCCUUAAGCUUCCUCAUGAAGUUGAAGCAAAUGUCUGAACAAACAGCUUUGCAUCGAGGCAAAUGUUCAUUGGAACAUUUGCUUAACUUCUCAGCAGAAUAAAAAUGACAUUCAAAUGAUGUUAUUUCAAGUCAUACUCCCAACAUAAACCAUCCCAACAGUUAACGCGUUCUCUCAGGUACAGCACAGAUGAAAUGUUUCUGUUGUGUCUUUAUUUUCUGUGUCUGCUAGUCUGGUUGGUUUAACCAAUAGAUUGAGCAAGACAAGUGGUUUCUUUUUCUUCUUUUAGUCUCUUCUGACUAUGGUGUACCAGGUCAACUGCUGGUUCUUACGUCACAAUUUGCAUGCACAAACAAAAAUUAAAAAAUGGAAAGUUGCGGUUCUUCGAACUGUGGAGGGUUGUUGAAAAACUAUUUUCCACUUCCUGAUUUCUUGGAGGGUUUUUUUUGCAUAUUUGUCACACAGAGAUAACCUGAGUAAAUACACAAAUGUGUUUUUAAAAGGAUUAUUUUCUUUAUUAAGGGGAAAAACUUCUAUAGAACCCCGCCACAAUGAAAACUGUGCUGCUGUUAUAGGAAGACAAAGGAAGGGAAUAGCGGGAAGUUCUGGUAGGAUGCAGUGUUAGAGAAGAAAAAGCAGGAGUGUGGAGGUGAGAGUGAUGAAACGAAUGUAGGUAGAUGUAGUGUGUGAGUUUGAAGCUGGUGACAUUGAAUGUCUGUGCAUACACUCCUCAGGUUGGAUGUCAGUUAGAAAAGAAAUAGAGGAAUUGAGUGUACCCAGGAGGGGGGAUGUGGACUUGAGAAGAGAUGUAAGUGAAGCUAACAGAGGAGAUGAGGAGGUGUUGGGUAGGUAUGGUUUUAAGGAGAGAACAGCAGAAGGACACAUAGUAGUGGAUUUAGCAAAAAGGAUGAAAAUGGCUGCAGGAACAACACAUUUAAGGAAGAGGGAGGAACAUAGGGUGAUGUACAAGAGUGGAGGAACUGCACACAGGUGGAAUACAUCUCUGCAGAAGGUGCAGUGUGCCGGCGAGUUAGCCGGAAAGCCGACGGACAUCAGCGCUGAACCCACACUUCCAAACACAUCGCAGCUCCGACAGCAAAGCUAUAGCAUACUUCGUAGCUCCACCCACCCGCCAGCGCCAGGUAGCAGGCGGAAGCUCAGCUCUGUGCUCCUUCCUACUAACAGAAUUUAAUGCAAGCUGGAAAUGUGUCGCUAGCUCCAUACUGUCACAGCCUGGGCCUCUGAAACAUUAUUUAUUGUUUCCUUGGCUUCAAUGUUUGGAUUCUUGUCUAAUUUAUCAUGUGUUUUAGGUCUGUCAGCUUAGUGUUGUCAUGUCUAGUUUCUUGUUUUAUUUUGAAGUAGAUUGUGUGUUCUGGGUUCAUGUGGUUAAUUUUUCUCUCCCCUGUGUUGUUAUUAUGUUUGAUUCUAGUCAGCUGUGUCCUCAUGUGUCUCCACUUCCCUUGAUCACCUCAUGUGUGUAUUUAAGUGCUCAGUCUUGCUGUGUUCAGCGUCGCGUUGACUGUUAUCCCUCAGUCAUAGAGUGUCAUAGGUUUUUGUCUUCACUGUGUUUCAUAGUUACUCAGUGUUCAUGGUUUCUUCAUAGUUUUUUCACUGAGUUUCAUAGUAGUUCACAUACAGAGCUAACAGAUCAACUGAAGAUGCCAUUGCUACAA